UUUACAGACAAACUGUCAAAACAUUCCAAUAGUGUGAGCUAGAAUCCACACAGAGAUCACUAGCAAAGCUCAAGACAUCAGGUACAGCCAUGGCUCCCCAACAUGCUUUGCUUCUGUUGGUUAUCCUGGCCAAUACCAUUGACGGGCAACAACAACAGUUAAUGGAAUAUAUGGAGCGGAGGCUGGCUGUCUUAGAGGAACGAAUCUCCCAGUGGCAUGAUCAGAGCAGUCGUUACUCCACUGAGCUGAGGGAUUUCAAGAAUAAGGUGGUGUCCAUGCUGGAGACAGUAGAAAAAGAACGGGAAACACUCCGGGCUGAGGUGGAAAACACGGCGGUACGGGUGGACCGACUGGAGCGAGAGGUGGACUAUCUUGAAACCCAAAAUCCUGCCCCACCUUGCGUAGAGGUAGAUGACAAGCUCAUAGAAAAUCAGGUGUCCACUGCCAAGAAGCGCAAGAACGAGAAGUAUGACAAAUUGACAGGUGAGUGAAAGUUCU